GAACUGCCCAGUUAGCUGUUAACUGCAAAUUGGCCGCCUAUUAUCAAGACAUCAGAGCCCAGGUGGACAGUUUUCUGUUUAAUUUGUUAUCCACAGGAGGAACAAGAAAGACACAACUUGACAUCCUGUAUUCAAGAUAACAGAAUAUGACCAAUUUUGUUGUUUUACAUGGUAACAAACAUGAACAAACUGUGGAAGCUAGCUAUCAAGAAAAACUGUGCUGAACUUGUAGAAAACCUGGAAGUUUUACGAGUGAUUCCCCAUUUGUAUCAAAACAAUAUCCUUGAUGAUGACGAUGAAGAUGACAUACUUUCUACCAGUGGAAGAGAGGCUAAGUGUGAGGUUCUUCUUGGUUAUAUACUGAGGAAGGACCCUGCCCUAGAUCCCUUUAGACAUUUCAUCCGUGCCCUCCAGUCUACAAACCAGAAUCAUUUGGCUAGAAGUCUGAACAGUUCAUACAACUUGCUAGAACAAGAAGGCUAUGGAAAUAUGGAUAUUCCAGAAGAAAUUCUUAAUGACCCUUGCAUAUGUAACUUUGAAUCUAUAAGCCGUCUAUAUGGUCAUCAGAGGGUUUCAUGCAAUUGUUCAUUUAUUGACAAAACCAUCAAAAAGGCUCUGAAAUGUAUUCAGUUUCCUUUUCAAAUUUUUCUGAUACUUCUAUCAUCAUUUUUUUAUGAAACAUAUGAGCAUAUGAUCAAGCCGUUAAAGGUUAAAAAAUUAAUGGGAUUGUCUAUUUUACACCUACUUGGCUUCACCUUCUGUUAUUUUAUUUACACUAUUAUUUUCUGGCUUAUUAUUCCCCCCAUCACUCAAUAUGUAUAUUUACUGUUACUUUUUCUCAAAGUUAGUCUUACUUCACAGAAAACCCAUGAAAAGCCAUCUAAAAUAUUUGUGGUGAAGAGAAAUCUCGUACGAUUAAGACCAGUAUUUAAACUAAUAAAUUGGCUCAUAGAGAGGUUCCUCCUGCUGUUGCUAUAUUUAAAUGCUUUUUAUCUAGGCCCUGCCAUCAAUUCUGUGCCUCAUGAAGUCUUCAUAUAUUUUCUCAUAGUAUACAUAACAUAUCUUUCGGGAUUUUUUUUAAUAAAUGUAUUAGGUACAUUUUCUAUUACUUAUACACACAUCACGUACUAUCUAUUUCCAUCAUGGAACUGUUUGCUUCUUAUCAUAAAUAUUAUCAACCUCUACAUGAUAUUCUAUGACCUACUGCCUUAUCACAUCCCCCAACUAUGGUUACCAGUGUACAUAUUUCUGCAACUUGGUUAUGAAGUGGACUUUUCCUUCAAAUUUAUAACACUGAAGAAUUUUCAAGAUGAACAUGACUCUCAGAUGCAAAAAUCUCUGAUCAUGAUGAAAAGAAAGUUAAUGGCCUGAACAUCAACAAUCUAUGGUAUGCAGACGAUACAGUACUCAUUGCAGACUCUGAAAAACAACUCCACAGAAUCCUCAAUACAGUAUGAAAAGAAAACUAGAAAAGGAGACUGGAAUUGAAUACUAUGAAAACUGAAUGCAUGCUUUUAUCAAGUAAAACAAAUACCCAAAUGCAACAUCAGCUGCAAAGGAGUAACAAUUUAUCAAAUUAAAUAUCUUGGAUCCAUGCUGACAUCAGAUGCCAAAUGUGACAUAGAAAUUAAGAAACAAAUAUCAAUGUUUAAGGGCACAUUUAAUAAGAUGAGUCCAAUAUAAAGAACAGAAACAUCUCCUUCGUCACAAAAAUAAGAACAUUGAAAUCUUAGAUGUGGUCAGUACUCGUAUGGUUGUGAAUGCUGGGAUGUCUCCAACAAAACUAAGAGGAAACUGGAAGCUAAUGAAAUGUGGUACCAAUGAAUAUUGUUGAAAAUAUCCUGGACAGAAAGAAAGACCAAUGAAGAAGUGUUACAACUUGCAGGAAUACAACGUUAACUGAUAAAAACAAUCAGAAAAAGAAUGAAAUCUCUGGACCAUAUCAUAAGAAAAGACAGAAUAGAAAAACUGGUUCUCUAUGGGAAAAAUUGAAAGAAGAAGUAGAGAAAGACAUUGAAUACCAUACAUUAACAGCCUUAAUGCCUUUGCAACAAAUCAUCAACUGUCCAACAAUGAGCUCAUCCAAUCAACUAAAAAUAGAGUAAACUUUUGGACAAUGAUGGUGGCUGCCUGCACCAGGCCUGACACUUGAUGAUGUGAAAACAUACAGAACAGUCUUACUUAGUUGGGUUUAUCAUUGGGUUCCUAAUUAUUUUCACUUUUAUGCACCAUUUUAUUAGGUCAUUUUGGCCAAGUUCACCAUAAGCACUUUUUACAAAAAAGAAUUAUAAAUGAUUACAAGUAUGAAUAUCAAUAAAACUGAAUUCUAUUUCAUCUCACAAUUUUUAGUUAGUUCUGCUUUUAUAUUAAUAGUUAACAAUUGAAUAAUUUCUCAAUUGCCCUCAAGGUAUGGACCGGACAUUAAUUCACAUUCCCUAGAAAUCACAAGUGAAUACCUUUUUUCCUUAAAAUUAUUUAUUUCCCUCUACUGCACUU